AUUCAUUCACCUACGGGGUGGCUAGUAGGAUAUCCCAGUCGGAUGGAAGGACCCUACAAACCGUUAGUGACUUCAGAUACCAAAGUGAAGGUCAGCUCGACGCUCGACAAAACUGUUGGCAAAAAAAACCUCACCGAUGGAAAUCCUGAGACGUGUUGGACAUCACAGCAGGGUCUUCCGCAAAUAAUUCACUUGGUUUUUCCAGAACCAGUGCGUCCAAUGCGGCUGAUUUUGACAUUUCAAGGAGGUUUUGUCGGCACGCAAUGCGCCAUUGAUGUUGCUGCUUCUGCUUCCGAGCCUGUAUGGACGACAUUGACACAUAUCCACCCGGAGGACGUGAAUAGACGACAAGUCUUCCAACUUCCCGAGGGUAACUCACCAGGGAUCCAGUGUAUGAAGUUUGUCAUGGAGAGGAGUUCGGAUUUCUUUGGUAGAAUAACUCUGUAUGAAUUGCAGGUGGAAGGUUGGACGCCGUAACGAAAACCCAAUCAUCAUCACUGAAGGCGGUCGAAUAGCCCCACAGUGUGCAUGGAAACAAAAUUUCACGACAGAUAGCGCCGCGCGAACGACGGCAGUUGGCAAAAACUUGAGCUUCAGAGCAUUCUACUGCACGUGAUCGCGUCCCCAACCGUCAACCUGAUAAUCUUACAGUUGCGAGUAAUAUACUAUAAAGCGGCCGCAAUCAAACACUACUAUGUAGAUCCCUGCAGGGAUGUUGAAACGAAGAUAGACCUGCCUAAUCCCUGCGACGGCAGUUGGUAAUUCACAAUGGAAACGCCUUGUAGACUUGCUGUACAUCCACUUACCCCGCGAUCGUGCUCAGUUAGACGCCAUUAUGACAGAUGUGGCAAGACAUUA